AUGCUCAGGGCAUCAACAAUCGACAACAUCCGUGUCAUAAUAAUUGACAUCCAAGAAUCAACAACACCAUCAGAGACACCUGUCCCAACAACACCAGCCGAAGCACGGAUGACAAGAAUACGCCCAAAUGACGGAACACCAGAGCCAACCAGACCUCCUCGCCCUGUCACACGCACUCUCACCUUCACUCCACCAGAUAUCACUUUCUCCACCAAACACGAAACAUACAACAUGGAGAUGAUCAUGCAAAAACUCCAAAACCAACUCAAGAAAAUGAAGGAAUCAUUGGUGAUGGUACAAAACACAUACACCAGCAUCAACGACUCAAGUCAAAAUAUGAUAAAAGAAGCUCUAGUGGAAAUGCCAUACAUGCAUGUUGUCAUCACCGAAUCCUUCAUCAAAGACCUCGACCAAGACACCGUCAUCAUGUUCGACAUGAUCCAACUGAUGCAGGAGAACAUGAACGCAGAAACAAACAUCUGUAGGAAGAUCAUUCAAGACCUCUGA